CCAACUCAUUUCAUCUAUCUAUAGACUACAUAUAAAAAAAUACUACCCCAAUUUUUCUCCGCGGGCACCUCCCUUCCCUUCCUAUAAGUGUUUGUGUCACCGCAAACAAGUAACGACCUUCAAUUUGUCAAUAAACAAAUAAGAGGAGUAGUUAAUUAACAAAGGAAUUUCAAUGAUAAGUAGAUGUUGUAUGAGCGUCAAGAGACGAAGAUAAGAAUGGAAUUAGUUGGAAGACAACAACAACACCAACAAGAAGAAAAAGCAUUUGAGAGGAAGAAUACUACUAGGGGUACAAGAAAAAGGAUGACAAUUAGUAUUGUAGAAGAAGAUGAAGAUGAGAGCCCGGAGAUUGUGGAUCUGAGUGGCAUGUCAUUAGAAUCUCUUCCUGUCAAUCCUACUAUCAAUUUGGGAGCUAUUUCCAAAUUACAUCUUUCCAACAAUAAUCUUCAGAGUAUACCAGAGUCUUUAACAGCAAGACUUCUUAACCUGGUGGAGUUAGAUAUGCAUUCAAAUCAGCUCAAGUCCAUUCCUAACUCUAUAGGUUGCUUAUCAAAGCUCAAACUUCUCAAUAUUUCUGGGAAUUUCCUUCUGUCGCUCCCUAAAACUAUUGAGAAUUGCAGAUCAUUGGAAGAGUUGAAUGCCAACUUCAAUAUGCUUACUCAUUUGCCGGACACUAUUGGAUUUGAGCUCAUAAAUCUCAAGAAGAUAUGCAUAAAUUCAAAUAAAAUAGCAUACCUUCCGUACUCCACCUCCCACUUAACCAAUCUUCACGUGUUAGAUGUCAGGCUAAACUGCCUUAGGUCUCUCCCUGAUGAUCUUGAGAACCUAAUCAACCUUGAAAUCCUCAACGUUAGUCAAAAUUUCCAGUACCUUGUAAAGUUGCCCUAUUCAGUAGGGUUUCUCAUUUCAUUGCAUGAACUAGAUGUUAGUUACAACAAGAUUACGGAGUUACCAGAUUCCAUUGGAUGCUUAAAGAAGCUCCAGAAGUUGAGCGUAGAAGGCAACCACCUCGUUUCUCCCCCACCAGAGGUGGUGGAGCAAGGGAUACAUGCAGUUAAGCAGUACUUGUGUGAAAAGAUUAAUGGUAUGCAUGAAAAGUCCCCUAAGAAGAAGUCUUGGUUGGGAAAGCUAGCAAGAUGUAGCACCUUCAGUGGUGCCAACAUACCUAGAGAUGAUAGAGAGGACUUUGGUGUUCCAAGCAAUCGAACUAUCGAUGCAAUUGCCUCACCAAGAUUUAUGGGCAUGCUUUCUCCUCGUCGUCUCCUCUCUCAAAAAACCUACUUCUCCAAAUAAGGAAACUGACUUGCAUUCAUUCUUAAUUUGCCAAUAGACAUAGCAACUUGCUUGGGUAUUAUAUUGUGGUAGCUCUUAGCUUGUUUUCUUUUACGUUUGAAAUCAUGCAUGUGUACUAGAUCUAUCUGUACAUUGCGUCCUGUAGAAUUUGUGGUCUUUAAGAUUGUAUAUUACAGAUUUUAGUAGAUGAAUAGCCUCAUGGGUAUGUUUGAAUAAAUAAUGAAACAAGAGAUGGGGUAGUAAUGCUUGUUAAUUUGUUUUUCCUUUCUUUUUGAUGACAUUGGGGUUGGGGUGGGUGGAUUAAGUUCAAUGUUGUUUAAAAGCUUGAGGGUAACAAUAUUCAUCAGCCGUGUAAAC